AUGGAGAAAGAAAAGAAAAAUAGGGGUAAAAUUUUCUUGACUAUUGCUGUGACCGUUAACAUUUUAUUUAGUGUCGUCUCUAUCGGGUUCCUUAUUUACAAAGUACGAUCGUUAGAGGAACAGGUGUUUCAGCUUCAAAAAGACUCAUCAAAGACAGGCCAGACAAGAGAACGACAAAAUAAAGCCUGGGAUGACUUAGCACAUCGAAGAAAAAGAGCUGCUGAGUCUCUAGGAGAAACAAAAAGCUGUACUACUUGCCACAACGCUUGUGUCAAAUUAUUUGGCCUGGGAGCUUCAGCAAAGGUAAGUGCUAUAAAACUAUCUUGGCUAAAACUUUACCAUCAUCCUCGAGUGCGACGCUUGCCAAAGUCAAUAUAACAGCUCGGCCUUGACAGCAAUCGAAAUGAUUAAAUCUCUGAAGUGCAUGUUAUUUUGCUUUUGGCUUCAUAAAUCAAAAGACCUCGGCAAGCUAUUUUUGGACCUAUUAUUGGUCUUUUGUUUGAAGUUUGUUUGAAGUUUAUUAAUUCGUAAAUGCAUAGCAGUUCGAAUUUACAUAACAAAAAUAAAAUUAUACAAAUCUAAUCAUUAACUUAUCUAUCUUAAGUAAAAGGAUGAAAAAAAGCUAACAGGAGAUAAGCUGCUAAAAAGGUAUCUAAAUACAAGCUGCAAAAUUCGAAACCCUAAACUAUAAAUUAGUUAGUAAUUUAGUGUUAACAACUGCGUUGAAAACGUAAAUUGGCCAUCACUCUUUACGGUGACCAAUUUACGUUUUCAACUCAGUUGUUAACCCUAAAUUACCUGCUAUACUCUCCCACCGACGCAGCACCACUGUUUCUUUAGAAACUUACCCCCUUUAUAAAUUAGCUGCUUUGAGAAAUGAAGAGAUAAUAAAGCAAUUGUUGAAACGGUCGGUUUUAAAACGUGGCAUGUCAAAAGGUCGCGUACGUCUUAAUGAAUAAGUAGUUUCGUGCGGUGCAGGUAAUAACUUAUAAAGGCGGCGAUUGUUGUCAUUUACAAUUGUGUCAAAAAUGUCUCACGUAUUUCGUCAUGGUGGGUUGCUAGUUCCUUAAAGUUCAUAAUAACAAAAGUUUCAUGAUAGCUAAGAUGAUGGACAUUGCUCUUUCCUGGAAAUCCAUUGUCAGUUGAAUUUUAAGCUGUAAGGUCGAGUAAGUUAAAGUAAAGGUUGACGCGGAAACUUAACGGAGCAUUAUUCAGAGGAAAAAUCUUUAUCUUUAUUAUAAUUAUUUUUUAAAUCAGUAGGAUAAAUGAGACAGUAAACCUUUCAUUUUUAUGUAACUCCCGCGUCGUUUGUACCUUUUUUAGGUUACUACUAAAAUAGGCAACAACACAGAUCAGCAGGUCAUCUGCAUGAGAGGUGAGUAUGACAUUCAUCCCUAGUCAAAGCAAUUGUAAAUCCUUUUACCGUAUCGUCGUGCUUCCUGUUGCUUAGAAAUCUUUGCGAGGCGAUGUUGAAAAUCAUAGGUGGAAAUCUUGAGGUUUGCACGGGUCACGUACAUUUCAGGAAGCAAAUCACGUCUCACGCCGGUUCACGGAAUUCACUAAUCACGCUUGCCUUUCCGAAGAGAAUUCACGCGUCACAUAUUAAUUUUGGCCCUAUUAAUACGCAUGCAAAAUUUUCAGCAUGCUUCUUGGCUGAUAACACAUCAAUUAAUCCCAAAUAGAGUAGAAGGUUGACACUGAGUUCAGAAAGUUGAAAGUAAAUUGACUGACAGGUAAGUCGCGAAAGCAUUAACAAGGUGAACAGGUGUGGAGAAAGUAACAACUUUGCGUGACGCGUUACUAAAAUGGCGGCCGAGAAUGCUGUCACGUAGGUUAAACAAGUAACUUAUCCGCCGAGAUUUCGCAAUCUGGACAGCCCUUGUAUGAGAAUAAGUACUCAUGUAGAUAUUUAUGAGCCCUCAGAAUACGAUAAAAGGCCUUUUGUAUAGUUAUUAACAUGAUUUCGAGUUAAAUUCGGUGUUAAUAAAUACGAAUAAAUUUUUCUAAAUUUGGAAUAAUUUAGAAGUGCUUAUAAUACCAAAUUGAAAGAGAAAUCAUAUUAUUAUUUGAUAAUAAUGUAACUGAAAAAAAAAAGACCAGCAGAAUCCGAAAAGAUAGAAAAAUUUACUGCAACACAAAUUGCUGCUCAUCUUACCUAAUGAUUGGAUAAACGCUUCUCUGCAUAACAGGAGGACAAAAUAAUAUCUAUGAUCUCGUCAAGCUUCGUGAUACUCGUGCGGCACAAGUCGCCGGAAAAAUCAAACAUAUUUUCAUACAAUUCACAAAUAUUAAUUAUAGAUAAAAAGGGAAAUUGUGGACUUACCCUAUGAAUCGUACCUAUAAAGAACCCGAAGAGCUCAAAGAUUUCUCAAUUUGGAAACAAGAAAUUAUCAACACGUUCGUUUUUUUAUAUUUUAUUGCAGGAGCUCAAGGACCGCAGGGUAAGGAUGGGCCCCGGGGACGUCGGGGUCGCCCAGGGUACAUUGGAAAGGCCGGGAAAAGAGGCCCUCCUGGAGAGCGAGGCCUUCCAGGCCCCAAAGGAAGACCUGGAAAAGCUUUCUCUGGAAAUACGUCACAGUUGAUAGAGAGUUUAGGUAAGAAGAAAGCAUCUCGUUAUUUCUCAAUCGAGGAUGGUGCUCUCGCACGCUCAUAGACUUUUACCUGAUCUUCAGUAUCUCAAGCUUGCUAAUACAGCUGCCGCUCCUACCCUGAUAUGCACUUCUAUUAAAGACGGUGGAAACUUACAAACAGAGUUGGGGAGGCCGAAAUAGGUGAUAAACUGCUCGCAGGAAAACAAAAAUUUUGCGACACAAUCUCGGGCAGAUAGAGAGCCACACAGCUACUAUCGUUUCCCAGUGAAAACGUAUUUUGAAUGUGAUAAGCCCAUGGAAUCAUAAUUUGUCGCACUGAUUUUUCAGUGGGGUCCAGUGAAGAAGAGCUGCAAAUGAAUUGAAAACGGAUGGAAGAUAUUCACGUUCUGUUUUUCUAACCACGUUCUCUUGAUCAUUUAUUCAUUUAGAUGUACCCAAGAUAACAAGGAAACCACCAUCCAGCUUCACAGCGAACGAAGGAAGCAGAGUGUCCUUUUCCUGCGAAUCUGUGGGUUUUCCCAAACCAGAUAUCACCUGGUACAAGGAUAACGAAAGGAUGAACAGUAGACAUUUUAACAAGGAGAAAGGGGAGAUCACUUUUUCUAGUGUUCAGUUCAGCGAUCGAGGCUCCUAUAGGUGCGAGGCAAGGAAUUUCUUGGGCGUCGAUUCUGUGACUAUAGAGGUUGCUGUCGAAGGUAUGCAAACUUCUUAGGCGGUAGAUUUUGUCAAUGCUAAAACUCAAAUGGGUUUGAUUUGCUUUUUUAUUUAAUUUUCCAUCGGUUUAUUUGGAUACAUGGAGGGUAUUACAUUUUUUUUUUUUUUUGACAAAUAAAAUGUUUCCUAAGAUUUUUUCAGAUAAUUUCUUUCAGUUCGACCAAGAUUUGUUCAGAGGCCCGAGAUAUACCACCCGGGCUACGAAACUUGGGAGACGACUCUAUCAUGUAACAUCUUUGGUUCUCCUCCGCCAAGGAUACAAUGGACUCGCUCAUUUCGGCCUUUACCUGUCGAGCGUCACGUGGUGAUUGGAAAAGAUUUGGUGAUCAAAGACACUCGGCAGGAAGACAGAGGACCCUACAUGUGUCGCGGAGAAAAUCACCUUGGUCACGUGUAUGCACUUAUUGUGCUCGUCGUGAAACCUGUCAGUAAGUGAUUAAUGUGCUGAUGUAUUCGCAAGCUAAAAAAUUAGUAAAUAUGCAUUUGGCGUGACUAAUAAGAUUUAAGAUAACAGAUACCUAACUCCCUGUUUGAGGUUGGACAGUUACAGCAAUCAAAGGCUCCUUAGAACUACCUCGUAGUUUUUCUCAAUAAAUAUCAUUCGGCUAAGUGGUGAGAACUUCAACCCUUUACCAUCUCCUUCCACUAUCUCGUCAAUAUCGGGCAUCAUCGUAAGCUUCUUCAUGACUUCUGAAUUAUCCUAUCUCUCCUUGGCGCACGAGUCUGUAACCGUUUAAGGUCAAACCUUGGUUAUGAGGGAGGUUAAUAUAAGAAACUGGACAGCGAUCUAGCAAAGCUGACUCCGAGCAAAUUACGUAGAGCCUGGCAAGUAAACAUAAUCGCGCUUUAGUUCUAUCGAAAUAGGGAUAGCGUUUUGCAUCUUUUGAGUCAUCUCAGCCACGUUCAUAUUUGAUCAUCAUAGAAAGAAAUAAUUGUUGGCUAUAGUGCAGCAGUGUUAUAUCUAUGAUAAUCUAUGAUAAUUCAUGCAGUUCAACUGACCGUUCGGAUUGGUUGAUUUUUGCAUUCUUUAGGAACAGUUCGUGCUCUCCUCUCGAAUUUUUGACGCCAUGCGCAUUGUAGCUACAAGGUUGAGUUUAUCAAAUAAAGCCCUGGAAGGUAACGCCUAUUACGAGCUCUUUUUAACCAGCAUCCCAAAGUAACGUUGUCUUUGGCAUAAGAUAAACCAACGGUUUUGUUCCUCUCCUUUUUUCUCUCAAAGCUCCCCCGGUGAUCACCACUGCACCAUCUUCCAUUCUUAAGGUAAGAAACAUCUUUGAGAAAGUAACUCUGCAAUGUGCUGCCCGUGGUUCUCCUGUGCCCAGUCUAGAAUGGAGCAAGGAUGGAGUGGUUAUUUCAACUAAUAGAACUUCAAAGACUGACGAAGAAGUUAAAGGAGAACUCGUCAUUCGGCGCUUUAGUCCUUCUGACCAAGGAGUUUACAAGUGUUUCCUGAAAAACUACGACAAUGGAACUGCAGAAACUACAACUACACUGGGUAAUAUAAAACGGGUUAAAUCGGGUUAAAUUUAAAAGUUAAUAUAGUUUCAAAUCAGUCUUUUUGAAGAACUGUUUUCUUGAAGUACAUAAAAAAAGGGAAAGAUGUCGGUAGAGUAACGAGGACAUAUAUCUCAAAUCAUGAUCAAUACGAUGCACACAUUUAAAACAGCACAGGGAAAUAUGGUUCACAAGCAUGUCGCCUCCAUAACAGGCGUAAUUUUGCGCCUUUCAUUUUUUUUUUUUUUUGCGUUUUUCGGGUGCCUGGAGGUAAACGCGAGGCAAGCACGAAGUGCGAGUAACGCACUUUUCACUUAGAACCUCACAAUUAACACUUCAAACUUCACACUUCAUAUUUCACCUUCAAAUUUCACACUUCAAUCUUCACACUUCAAACUUUGCACCUCGGGCCUCACACUUCGCACUUCAAACUUCGCGAUCACCUUACGCUUGCCUCCGUUUGACGGAAGUAAGCAAGACUUUUAAGUCUGUUCUGCAGGCUACAAUUAUUCUGCGGCGUCUUGUCUAAAAAGGGUAUUCCUAUCAAUUAACUAAAACUUUCAAAAUUAUGUCAUGAUAAAGAAAGUUAUAAUUAUUCAUUCUAAUAAACCUUAUUUAAAUGUCUAAGGCAGUAUGCCGUACCAUAUGUGGCACCAGUUCCAUGACAGUGUGUGCAUUUUCCGGCUCUUUUAAAAUAAUGGCUUAAGUGCCAGUCAUCAUCACCAAACUGAUGAAUAAGAUUUAUUAACUGAUCGAUUGAAUGAUCGAUUGAUUGAUUUUCAGAGCUCGUUGGAUGUGGAGACCCUGGUGUCCCUGUUAACGGAUACAAGGCUGGAGAGAAUUAUUGGGGAGGAGAGAUGGUGACUUUUGCGUGUGACGCAGGAUACCACUUGGAAGGACCUACAAACAGACUGUGCUUGGAAAAUGGCAACUGGAGUAACGUGAUGCCGACAUGUUAGAGCAAGCUAUUUUUGCCCCCAAUCGUCCUCAGUCUAGCCGACACAUUUAAAAUUGAUUUAGUUAUCUCUCUAUUUUACUAUUCAUAACAUGAAUUAUAAAAAUAGUUCCUUAUUUCUACUUUUCAUACUUGCUAUCAAAUACCAUUUUGUGUCUUUAAAGCCCGAAAAAUUACCAACUUUCCCGUAAGACCUAGCCAAUAAAUGAUGAAUAGGCUACUAAAGGUUCCAAAAGAAGGAAUACGAGAGUUGCAUAUUCAAUUCUGUUCAAAGUUGACAAGUUCUGCCCUUUUUUGGAAUACUUCAUUUUCGACACACAAAAUGACUAAAAUGAUAUUGCUUUAUCAGGAGGAUGCUGUACACAGUUUAUGGAUAUUCUCUACUCUUUUUCUAGGCCAUCGUCUGUGCGAAGAACCUGCUCCUAUUGAAAAUGGUUACAGGAUAGGAAAUAAGUUCUUGAAAGGCAGAAAUAUCACUUACAAGUGUAACAAAGGAUACCACCUCCGAGGACCACAAGUCAGAAUUUGUAAAGAGAAUGGAGAAUGGACCGAAGAACAACCAACAUGUGAAGGUGAAAUUGUCCUCCCAGUUUUGAGUUACAAAAAAUUAAUUUUGUCUUCGUUUUUGAUUUAGUGCUCGUAAGACUAUAAGGAGAAGAUAAUAGAGUGCGGUAUUUAGAGACAAAAUUUCCUUUGUUUUUUCUUUCAAGUAUCGGCAAACCCCUCCGAUCAAUAAAAGACUCCAAGUUAUCCAAACUUGAUAGCAUUGUGAUAUCUGUCAUUUUUAGGUCCAGUGUUCGAGCAUUCAGAAAUCCUUCUGAACAAAACUGAAUACUGGGAGCUCCUUAAAGGCUGGCUGGGUCCUGUGUCUACACUGCCAGCCAAGUGGAAGCUUUGCUACAGAGCUACUGAUCAUGGAUGGAGCUCCAGUACAUUCCACUCGCGGUGCAACGGCUUAGGACCAACGGUGACGUUUAUUAGAGUGGGAGAGUACAUAUUUGGUGCAUACACCGACAGGAACUGGCGUAAGUAAAGAAAUAAUUUACAAUUUAUCGUCACCUAAAGACUUGGUCUAAGAGGCUUAAAGUGAAUUAGCCUAAAGAAGUACCUUUAACCUUUUGUACCCUGAGAGUGAUUGGCAUCUAAUUUCUCCUUACAACAACAUCCUUGAAUCAAACAUAAAGUUCACGAGAAUAAAGGAAACCAACACCAACUCAAAAGCUGUUGAUUGUUAAACAAUUUCUCUUCGUCAGCACUUUUGGAAAUUUGUAGAUAAAAGUAUGCAGAAUAUGCAUGCUAAUGUUUGGGUAUAAAGGAUCGUAUGCGACUCAUACUCCUCCUGGCUUUUUUCCCUAUAUAGAUUCCAGUAGUUCUUACACAGACUCGACCUGGAGUUUCAUAUUCUCUCUUAAAAAUAAUUAUGGACUAGAACCAUUUAAGCUCCACGUGAAAAACUCUGCCAAUGCCAUGUACGGAAAUAAUGGUUAUGGACCUACAUUCGGUGGUGGACACGACAUUUACAUCGCGAACUCUGCAGGUUCCAACACGAAUUCCUACACCAACUUGGGUCACAGUUAUGUGACUCCGGCUGGGUACAAAUACUCUGCGAGUGACACGAGAAGCCUGUUGGCAGGCACUUACAAUUUCCAGCCCCAUGAGGUGGAAGUGUUCUAUCAGACUCACAAGAACUGAUGUUGGUUACAAAACCCGGAUGAAGUUAGCGAUUUCUCAUAAUUGAUGUAAACUUUUUUCAUCAAAGGAGGUGCAUCACAAUUCAAGCAUCUUAAGAACCUCAGCCGAGAUCUUUAAAGUUUGUUAUUUUCAAUUUGUUUCGAUUUCGUCCCUACCUAACCAUCCCUGUCUACUUUUGGUAUAUCUUUUCCUUAGCGAAACGCGUUAAUCUCUCGUAUUUUUAACCAUCUUUGUGUUCUUUUAGUUUAUCUCUCCCUCUCUAUCUAUCUAAGAUAAUCCAACAAACAUCUGGAGCUUGUGGUGAUUGAGAAUGUUUUGAAAGCUAAAUUCGAUUCGUUAAGAUCUUACAAACAACGGUCAGGGUCAGCACUAAUAGUGAUGAUUAACAAUUUUAAAUCACUACGGCUGGCCACGUGUGAAUUUUUUUCAACCCUUUGAUUCCUAAGAGUGACGAGCAUCUAAAUUCUCCUUCCAAUUAUUCAGGCAUGUUACUCGUCUAUACAGCCGUUGUUUCGUCACUUCAAGAAGCAUAUUCUUUGUCACGCGACGGGCACUGCGGUCAAACAACGGCUGCUGCAAUUCCCAAAUACAUGAAAAUAAUGUUUCAUUUCUGUCAGUGAAAGACAAUGCAGACACUGUGGGCCAGCACAAGUACAGACUGCUUCGGCUUAAAACUAGCUUAUGCUAAAACAAUCGAAUCGCAUUAAACAGCAGUUCAGUUGACCUAAAGUUAGACCAAAACAGUCUAUACUUCCCGUGCUUUCUUUAAAGUGACGAAAUGUUACCAAGAGCAAUUUUUAAACACGCGUGAAAAGCGAUCCGGGAUUGCUUAGGUUUUUUCCUUAUUCUGAUCUGCUCUGCAAUUGGCCUAUGAAUUUUCGCCAUCCUCUCGACCGAUCCAAAUAAAAGCUAAACCCAAUCACAACUUGUUCGCUGGCGAUUUCCCUGCGCUUCAAAGGAUGGCUUGUUUCUACUUGAGUUCUCAUGGGCGCCUCGAGAUCGUUACCUUUCUUCUGAUUGGACUUACUGAUUACUUAAGUUUUGAUUCUACGAACCUCGAUCGAAAUUCGCUCUAACUGAAUAAAUUAAUCCAAUUUGGAUAAAAGCUAGCAGAACACCACAUGAAUGCAGUGUGUACCUUAACAACAAACUCGUUGUAAACGGCUGUCUUCUUGUUAUUCCUACGAUGAAUGGGUUUGUGGAAUAUAUAUGGUGUGCAAUUAAUAAAUCAUGACGUUUCUGCCGUCUGGUGUUUGAAUUUUCAGUAUUCUGUUUGCAAGUUUAUUAUCUUCUUUUUUCCCCUUUGGAAUAAAAGUGGGGUGCUUUUUUUUUUUUUUUUUUCGUGUGUGCUUUUUUGGGGUUGUGAUUGGCCUGCGAGCAGGUGCUUAUUAGCGCGCGAUACAGCACGAUGAGGAAAGCAAGAGCCAUAAAGCGAGGCCAUUCUUUGAGAGGUCUUUGAAGGAUCUGGCACUUGCAAGACACCUUGGAGACCCCUCUUAAAAUUUUUCGCAUUGCUCACCAGCUCAUGAAAAGAGCACAGGAAUUAAUUUGACUUUAAUACUUGUAAUUAAUUUGCCCUAGAUUUUCAGGGCGAUUUGAUUCUUUGGUACAUGCGAAUGCGUUCAGCGUCUGUUGAAGCCCUAUUUGGGACAAUGGCCAACGAGCGAGCUUUCGUUUACGGGCAUUGUCCGAAAGCAAAGCAUGCCACAAUGAGCACGUCGUUUUUAAUCGAACUAGAGGUGUUUUAACUCUGAGCAAUCUAAGAAGCAGGCAGUUUUUCGUUUUAAUUAAGUUUAUCGCGAGAAACUGAAAGCAGUCUCAUCGUGUUUAUUAGUAUUUAACAAAUAAUUUCUUACCUCUCUUCACGCUGUAAUGAUCAAGACAAGAUUGAUAUGUAUCGCUACUUUCUUUGAGGUAGAUAACGGCUUUUGGGUUUAGUCACUAAAUUUAAUCAUUGGCUGGUUACCUUGACGUUGUCAUAGCACCGAACAGGAACCUUUGGGCGAUAAUGGGCAAAGAUGAUGAUAUCAAUGAUGUCAAGUAAAAAUCAUUUGUACCACUGAUGCACUGCUUAAUUUGCCUCUCAUUACUCAACCGCGGAAUUAAAAAAGUUCCCAAUAAUACACUCGGGCUGACCUUAGGCGACUAAUUUACAAAAGACCCCUCACGAGAAGGUUUUCACUGGCGCUGCUAAACGAGAACCUUGCUAAGGAUGGCAAAAUAAGAUGUUGCGUUAUAUCAGCCGAGUUGGAGCAAAGAUCUUGAUCACCCACCAUGCAUGCUCUUCACCAUAGUCAAGUUUACCAAGAUAUCAACUUUACUAUUUUUCGCUUUUAGGAGUUGCUGUAAUGUUAACCGGUGCGAGAAAUAAAGUUAAGUAGAUGAAAACGAGAUACUGUUAGACAACUCUACAUAAAACUCAGUUCAUGAUAAUCGAUUAACCGAUAAGACGGCAUUUGAUAUCGCAUGAGAAGUAAACUGAGCGUCUAGUGCGAGAGGAAGUGACACCAACACUAUCCCUCACAAAUCAGCAGCUGAUUCACCUACAACAAAGUUACCUCACGCCUCCAACUCCUCUUCCCUUGAGAAUUAAAUUACCAAUUUAAAAUUAGUACAAGCCUCGCUUGACUCUCUUGAUUUCUAUGACUCUUCUUGUAGCUAACUCAGUAAAGUGUAACUAAUGGUGUUUCGAACAACCUGGCCGAGUAGUAAAAGGGUCAAGCAAAAUUAAACAUCAUUGGAAAAUGAUCAGAAUUAGUGACUCACUGAUUCUAGUUGUCAAGCAAAAGUCCAGGAUGGGAAAGAACUUCUUCUCACUUAAAAAGUAGAUGAACAUUUUUAUUUAGACUGAAAUAAUGGUUUGCUACUGAGGCAAUUCAUUGACAACACUCUUUAUUCGAAUUUAUUAACAGCUUAGCAUACCAGCAAUAACCAUAGCUUUGCUUCUCGCAAGCAAAGUGGGUAAUCGCUUUUGCGACCCGUGCAUCUUUGAAAUGUGUCUAUUACGAAUCCGAGUGAGUUAAUCUUAAGUGAUCUUUUACCACUGGGGUUUUAUCAAAUAUGUUCCCUAUCAUAAAAUGACUUGGAAAAGGUUUUCUGAUCCAACUUUGAUUUUGUGUGACAGAGCUACUUUAAUGAACAAAACACCAGUUCUUGCGCCCGAGGAAGCAACAUGAACGUUCCGCCUUUGCUGCGACUCCCAAAACAGAGCAUUGCGUUACUCUACUUUGGUAACACAAAACCUUUUCGAUAAACAAAAAGUUGAUUCAUGCUCCUGGGUAAGUUUUAAGAAGGUUCCGCUUUGGCUUCGACUCACAAAAACAGGAUGUUGUGUUACAAUAUGUUUGUCACCGGGAACAAAUUAAAAAUACGCGUUCAUCGCGCAACCUGGCCGUAGAUCAAAAUCGAUAUCUCAGACGUACUCAGAGACCAGGAGAAUUGCUUUCUCUUUGGGAGCGUUUCUUGAUUACCUCUUUAUGCUUUUGCUCUUGGUUAUAUUUGCCAUCUUAAGUAGCCGGAACAAAUAAUAAAAGAAAAAAAGAUAAUGAUUGCCUGACUGUUACAACUGUAUAGUUGCUAAUUCACAUGACCGCUCGAUCAGACAUUUGAUAUUAUCAGGAUAUGGAUCAGGCUUCCAGUGUGAGGGGAAGUGAUCCUAAAAUAGUUUUUUACAAAAAGUUUUCGAUAUUUUUGUGUUUUGCAGCAUAAUAUUCUAUUUGCUUCAACUUCUCCCUCCACUUCCAGCCCGAAAAUGAUUCCCUUGUCGGCAGUUACUUAAGGAAAAAGGUGCAAUGAGGUACUUGUAAAUGAAAGAAAUUUCAGGCCGUGAUUUCAUGACAAAAAGCUUUAAAUAAACAAGACAGCAAACUGCAGACAUGUGUUCCUGUAUGAUUGAGCAAGUGAGGGAAGCGAGCUCGAAAAGAGCUUAUUCCUGUCUGGUUUUCCAAUGCUACUUAGCCGAGCAAACUUGGGCAAAGCAACAUUCACUCCACUAAUCAACUGAAGCUCGACAAUGGAAGCAGUAAAGAAGUCGCGAGGCAAUAGUUUCUGGACUAUUGCCGUGAUUUUAAACAUUUUAUUCAGUGUGAUUUCCGUCGGGUUCUUUAUCUACAAAGUGCACGUGUUAGAGGGAGAAGUGUUCCAGUUGCGGAGCGACCUGAAGAACCAGGCAAAAGCGAGAGAAAGUGAAAAGGCAAAUUUGAUGAAUCGAAAUAAGAGAGCUGCUGAAUAUCAUGGAGAAUCAAAAACCUGCACCAGCUGUCACAAUGCUUGCGUUCAGUUAUUUGGACUUGGAGCUUCUGCGAAGGUAUUUAUUAAGAUAUCAAAGCUACAUAUAUUGUCUUUUUAUAGUUUUUGACAACAUAGUUCAUUGUUCUUUGAUUAUAAAUCCAUCAUCUCGAUCUCUGACACCUGAACAACUGACGAGCCAGACUACAUACAGAUCCUACGCUUUGCCUGUCCGCACGGCAGUCACUCUUUUUUCGGGAUGCCACAGAUGAAAUUACCUGAUCGAUUUGUAAAGAAAUUGUUUUCUUCUUUUUCAGUGUUUCGUACAUGGGUAAUGACUCUUCUUUAUCAAAUUUUCCAUCGCUCUUACUAAAUCUGUUACUUAAACGACGAAUCAUACCUCGAAAAACUUUCUUUUUCGAUGUUUUGGAUGAUUUAAUUUAUUUUUUGGUUUUUAGGUCACUACAAAGAUGAACAAUGUUACAGAUCAAGACGUCAUCUGUUUGAGAGGUAAGUGUCCGCUGAAACUCAUCAAUAAGAGUCUUCAUAAUUACCUCCUCGUCAUUGCGAUCUGAUAUCGAUAAGAAAAAUUAUUAUGCAAAAAGCGUGAGUUUACUUAGCACAUAUUUUUAGCAGUUAUCCAAAUGAUCUUUUUUAGAUCAAAUUUUGAAUUAAUAUUUGCGUUUAUUUCUUUUGAUCUCAGGGGGGGGAUAUUUUAACUAUUUUUUAUUAUGUCUUGUAAAUAAAUUCGCCUUUGUUGCGGAAAUCCGGAACUUUUACGGUGCUGCUGACGAUUUGCCAUUUUCAAACGACAAAUGAACUCAAUUCGAAAUUUCCCUUCAGGAGCUCGAGGGCCGCAAGGUCGUGAUGGGCCCCGAGGACGUCGGGGUCGCCCAGGUUACAUUGGAAAGCCAGGAAAAACGGGUCCUCCAGGUGCACGUGGUCGCCAAGGACCCAGAGGGAGACCUGGAAGCGCUUUAGCAGGAAAUACUUCCAGACUAUUCCAGGAUAUAGGUAACAUGGAAUUAUUUUGUUGUCUCCAUCACGUUCUAAGAUCUGUUUAAACUGUAUGAUAGAAGUUCCUGGAUGAGUGCAUCGUUAGAUUCAUCUUCCGCCAAUAUCAGUCACUUUUCACUCUGAAUUAGGAAUGAAAAUAUCCAAAUAAGAAAACGUCUAGUGGCAAACGCUGCAUCACUCUUAAAGUUUAGGUGAGAUUCCAGUAUCUGAAAUAUCAGAGUUGCAUUUGUAGAUUUGGGAGCCUUGAAAAUUCUGCGGCACAAGUUUUUAUUGCCUCACUGACAACAUCAAUGUUUAUUGGAAAAAAGGGGGGUGAUGGAGGGAUGCUUUUUAGAAAUCGAUCGGUCUCAAGAGCGGCUGGGUCCCUUAUCAGAAAACUAAUAGUCAUGUCAUAGAUGAACUAGGACCAGCUUGACAGCAGAGCAUAAUACUUAUGCCCAGUGAAGUUUGCCUGCGUUUGUAAUAGCCGUGAAUACUUUCUCUUUGAAAGAAUGAUACAAUGCUCUUAACCCUUUAAAUUCCAAGAUCUUACUGCUAACUCUCCCCUCUAGCUGCUAAGCAUUUCCUUGUUAAUCAGUAACGAGAAUUUGUUGUCAGUUCAAGAUGACAAAUUCUACCUGAUAAGUUAGUGUAUUCUCAUUACCCAAGAGAACAUUCUAUGUUCUCUUGCAUUGCAUGUUCGCUGGAUAAUGUAGGGACGUUAUAGGGAGAAGUUAUGUGUUAAUCAUUUCUGGGAGUUAUGGUAAACCACAAUAGCCACUUUGACCAAAGUAAACCAUAUUAUAAGUACUUUUAUCUGCACUUUUGCGCCCAAGAUAUCCCAAGAAUAAGAAAGAAGCCACCAUCCAGCAUGACUGUCAAAGAGGGAAGCAAUGUCUCCUUACCCUGCUACUCAAAAGGCUUUCCAAACCCAGAGGUCACGUGGUAUAAAAAUGGCCAGAAGUUAAACUCUGGGAAGUAUAACAGAGAUACAGGAAUGUUAACGUUUCCCAGCAUUCAAUUCAGCGAUCGAGGCUUGUACAGAUGCGAAGCGAGGAAUUUCAUAGGUGUCGAGUCCGCGACUGUGAAAAUUGUUGUGGAAGGUACAGGAAAUUUGAUAUGCAAUGUAAUCGUUGUAAUCUUAAAAAUUGUAGCUGAUUUACUCCGGCAUCGUUAUCUUCUUCUUAAGAUUCUUCUCUUUAUUAUUAUCCUUAUUAUUACUAGUAUUAUUAUUACUUUGUGUCUGUUAUUCUAUUGUGGUUAUGCAAUGUUGAUCUUAGAUCUUAGAUCUUAGAUGAUGUUAUCAAUGCUGAAAUUGUUCUUGAUAUAAGUCAUCGUUAUUUUCUUAGUGUUAUUCUCUUUCUCAUAACCAUCGUUAUUAUUUUUAUUACUGUUAUUAUCAUUAUUAUUAUCGUUAUCAUUAUUAUCAUUAUUAUAAUUAUUAUUGUUAUUAUAAUUAUCAUUAUUAUAAUUAUUAUUGUUAUGAUCAUUAUUAUUAUUAUUAUUAUUAUUAUUAUUAUUAUUAUUAUUAUUUCUAUCGUUAAUCUGCUUCCUAUAUCCUAAUUCAUGUCGUUACCAACGACGCACCAUCAAUUCCCUUUACUGCAUGCAUUACUGGGCAUAUUCCCGUCAAUUUGGCUCAGGUCUUCAAAUGUUAUUCAUUUAUCAAUAAUGGAAAACGUUAUGGGCUGUAAUGAGAUAAUCAGGUACAAAGAGUCACACUUUCAGAUUUUUCAGGCGUGACUAAAGGAAGAUAAGAGGUAAGUCGUUUUGAUCUCUGUCUUUUUGAAGUUUGGCUUUGCUCUUUGCUUGUUCGAUUUGCAGCAAAGGUUGCUCAAUAAUUUUUUUUUUUUUAAAAUGGUGAAGAGUGUUCGAGGAGUACUUAUUUGCUUCGCUUUUUGUUUUGUUUUGUUUUAGUGUUUUUUUUUUGUUGUAAUUUCCUAUGAACUAUUUUUGCAGUCCCUCCCAGAUUUGUUCAGGCACCAGAGACCUACCAUCUGGGUUAUGAAACUUGGGAUACGACUCUGACUUGCAACAUCUUCGCCUUCCCUCCACCAAAGAUACAAUGGACCCGAUCAUUCCGGCCGUUGCCCAUUGAUCGUCACGCGGUGGUUGGUAAAGAUUUGGUGAUCAAGGAAACUCGGAAGGAGGACAGAGGACCCUUCAUGUGCCGCGGGGAAAAUCACCUGGGUCAUGUAUAUGCACUUAUUGUGCUCGUUGUGAAACCUGUCAGUAAGUGAAUGAUUCAAAAAUGUCGAAAUUGCAAAAAACCCGCUGUUAUCUACAGUAAGCUUAUUUCUUCUGUCCGGUAAUUGUUGCUCAAUCCUAGUGAUCCGAGUAGUUUCUGCUUGAUUGGUGCGUGACCGCAACCGUUGAAAUUGCUUUCUGUUCAAUUAGCUCUGGAAAUGGUGUGCAUUUCUUGCCGCUAUAUAUCGUAUGAACUCCGACCCAGGCUGAGAACCCCAAAUCUAUUUUAAAAAAAAGGGAAAAGAUAAUCUCAUGGACGGCGUUGUUUCAUUUUGGUGUAAACGCUGUAAUGACCGUUACUUUUGAUACAUACAUAUCAAGCAUUUUAUAUCAAAUAUUUAUUAGCUAAUACUAGUUAUUUAUCCCAUGGCGCAGAAGCUAAUUUUGUUUCAAGAGCUCGAGAUCAACCUAAGCUUUUCUUUUCAAAUCUGUUUUCAAAGUCCCACCAGUGAUCACUUCAGCCCCAUCAACCGUUGUCAAGGUGACGAAGGUCGACGGCAGCGUUAGACUGCAGUGUGCUGCCCGCGGGUCACCCGUGCCCAGUCUAGAGUGGAGUAAGGAUGGAGUGGUUAUUUCAACCAACUCAACCACAAGGAAUGAUGAAGAAGUGAAAGGGGAGCUCUUCAUUCCAACCUUUGGCCCAUCUGACCAGGGAGUGUACAAAUGCUUCUUUAAAAACUACGACAACGGAACUGCAGAGAUCACUACCGCUGCAGGUUGAGAGAAAAUUUGGACAAGUCUCUGUAAAGAGAUAUAGAGAGGCAUUACUAGAUUAAUAUGGGUUAGAUAGAAAAUACUAGGGAUGCACAAGAGUACUUGAUAAAGCAGCCUUGCCUCAUGUUCAAAUAAACAAUAUCCUGUAUUUGGCGCGAAACUAUGCACGGAUAAUUGUCUAUUGUCUGUUCCAAGAUGCGAACAGUUUUCCGAGAGCGAAGCUCGAAGAAAACUGUGAGCUUCGAGGAACAGAUAAUCUCCAAGGACAAAUAUACUAGCAUGUUUCAGCGCAAAGUAGAGGAUAUUGUGUGUUGUAUCGUUCACAUAUUUUUCAACGCGCUUAAAAAAAAUGUUUACAAACAUCUUACUGUUCGCUACGUGGUAUGGUGUCCUUUGAGUGUUCUCUGCUUCGAUUUGAUGAACAAAAAAUAUUCCCCCUCUUCUGUAGAAAUCCCAGAACGCUCUCUCAUCUUGAACUCAUUCUAAAACGAAGACUUAUCGUAGUGGCCGUAAGGUUCGAAAAUUGGGGAAUUUCACUAAGGUAAUAUCCUCGUAUAUCCCCAGUUUUAGUUGGGUAAUGUUCGUUCACGAGCAAAAAUCUUCGAUGGAUCGAAAUACAUAAUAUACUUUAGUCGCAUCUUGAUACCAAUUUGCGCAGCAAAAAUUUUUUUUUUUUUUACCCAGAGGUCCAUAUGCUUAAUUUUAUAUUUUUGUCAUAAUCUACUUCAGAGCUGGUUGGAUGCGGCGAGCCUCAUGUUCCAGUGAAUGGCUUCAAGGUUGGAGAGAAUUACUGGGCAGGAGAGAUGGUGACUUUUGCGUGUGACGCAGGAUACCACCUAGAAGGACCUACAAACAGACUGUGCUUGGAAAAUGGCAACUGGAGUAACAUAGUGCCGACAUGUAAGAAGGAGAAAACCGUAAAUUAAGUAUGCAACGAAGGAUAAAUUAACAAAUUAAUCUCAUUGUUUUCUUAGGCCAUCGUCUUUGCGAUGAACCUCCUCCUCUAGAGAAGGGUUAUAGAGUAGGAAAUGAAUUUUGGGAAGGGAAAAAUGUCACCUAUGAGUGCAACAAAGGAUACCAGCUUAGAGGACCACAUGUCAGGGUUUGUAAAGAGAAUGGAAACUGGACAGAAGAAGGACCAUCAUGUGAAGGUAACGCUUAUGAGGAUUGAAAACAUUUUAAAGUUUCAUCAAAGAUCUUUGCAAAGAAAGGUUUCAAGAAAAUCUUGGAAUUACACGGAUCGCGCUGGGCUUAAGAUCAAAAUUAUAUCUCUCCUCAAGUACAUAUAUGGAUUGAAAGAGAUUACUCUGGUAGGUAAUCACCAUUGAAUAAAUCUAUGUGACUUUAUUACACCAGGCCCGGAAUUCGAGCAUUCAGAAAUCCUUCUGAACAAAACUGAAUACUGGGAGCUCCUUAAAGGCUGGCUGGGUCCUGUGUCUACACUGCCAGCCAAGUGGAAGCUUUGCUACAGAGCUACUGAUCACGGAUGGAGUUCCAGUACAUUCCACUCGCAGUGCAAUGGCUUAGGACCAACAGUGACGUUUAUUAGAGUGGGAGAGUACAUAUUUGGUGGAUACACCGACAGGAACUGGCGUAAGUAAUUAGAUAGCCAGGACCUUACUAGAAUGUAGAAAUAAGCUGCGUAGAAAAAUUUCAAACCUUCAAUGGGAAAAAGCACUGAGAGCCAUCAUAUGAUUUAUGACUUGUCAAAAAAAAGAAACGGAAGACGAAACGACUACUCGUAAAGUAAUAACUUUGUCAUAACCUUUCAUCUAUUAACACAUUUUUGGUUAGUAACUUUACUCUGACAUUUGAUUGGUUGACAGCACAAAAAUAAUAUAUUUACACGAUUGCCACACCUCGUUGAUAUUCUGUUCAAGGCAAAAAAGGGAAAAAUUAAUAUAAAAUCAGUUUAAUAUCGAUUGAUCAAAUUUUUGCGGUUUUAAUUUAUGAUUUGUUCACGGGCACAUUUUUCUCUUCCAGUCGUCUAUGAACAGACAGCUUUCUUACAAUGCUAAUCUCUUUGAAAAAGUAGGGACUUGACUUAAUCCUUUCAAGGAACAGUUCUUGAACAGUAGAGAUAUUCCUUAAACAGAGGAUACACGGCAUCACGAUAGUUAGUAUUUACACAACUUAGAAUGCCAUAUUUGCUGUUAUUGUUUUUUUAGAGGGCACAGUAACGAAUCUUGCAAUCUGAUUGGUUCUUUACCCGGUCAGUAUUUUCCUAUCUCUGCCCACGGGCCACGGUAACGCUUUCGUGAGUCGCCGAGUACAUCCCAACUUUCGUUGUCAUUUUUUCAUAAAUAUACCUCGUUUUCCGGCUGGGCAGUAUUUUUAAGCAAACACGUCGGUCACUAUCUCAAGCCGAUAAAUAACUUAUGAAUCCUCCCUUUUCUCUCUAUCAAAUCACUUUGGUUGACAGAAAAAUAUUGGUUUCAGAAUGAAUUUGAAUAAACAAUAGUGUCAUUACGUUGGUUGACAAGCGGCCUAAAAACCGUCUGCAAUUAAUUUUAAUCGUUCACAAAAAGUACCCAGAAAGUUGAAACGUGAAGUAUUUGGUUACAGUUAAACUGAACAAUGGAACUUUCAUUCAUUUAAUAUCUGAAUUUUCUCGAGCAAUUCGUUCGUAGUGAAAGAGCGAGCGAAGUUUUAAUUUAAGUUCUACAACAAAUAUACGCUCCCGGUGAGUCUUUCCAAUUCCGUUCAAUUUAGACAUUUGUACCUUAAAUUGCACAACAGAAAUUGAAGGAAUUUUUUGAGAAAAGGCCGCAUUAAAUUCCCUUGUGUCUCGUUGGAGUGUGCCGUUCGAAUUUAGUUUUUGUGAAGGAAAGAUCAGAGUCACACACGCCAUUGCAGCAAACAAACGAGCAAACUCUCACAACUUCAAAGUAAAAAAAUUGAAUUUACUCACAAUUACUUUCCUCGCCGUUUACUUAAUGAACAGAGGUAAAUAUUCGUACAUGAAUGAAUGGUCGAUGAGAGUGAAUAAUACUUUCCGUUAGAUUAUUGACUGAUUUUGAAGAAAACAUUGUCGUGACAGCCCUUGCCAAACUAGUUCUGUUGGUUUUCAAAUGUUCCUACGAUUUUUUUUUCUUACGCGCUCUCUAAUUGACAGGUGUCAUAUUGUGACAGAUACUUGUAAAAAUAAUUUUUCAAAGUUUGUUUGGAAGCCUUUUAAAUCACCUUUAUCGUUACGGAAAUGAAAAUGUUUCGCUGAGGCAUCUCUCUUAAAUUUGCAUCACCUCUAUUUUAACUACCAUUUACUCACUCAAAAAUUGUUCAGUUUAUGGAAGAUCUUGCCGUAUUUACAGCCCUAAAUCAUUCGGGUUUUUUCGGAAAGAAUUUCGUCAAGUUUAAAAACAAUAAAUAUGUUAUUUGCCGGCUAAGGGUCGGUCCGCACGGUGAGAAACUGUGACCUCGGUCUUGAAAACGCUGCCCUCGGCCUACGGCCUCGGGCAGUAUUUUCAAGACCUCGGUCACAGUUUUUCACCAUACGGACCUCCCAGCCGGCAAAUAACAUAUAUUUAUUUGAACCUUUCACCGUCAUUAGUUUCAGCUCAUGAUCAUUUUUUGACACAAUUGUUUUGAUCUCCACUUGCAAGCAAGGAAACAAACUUAAUGCCAGUUUCAAGCGCACAAAACAAACAUUGCAAUGGACACAACUACUGCCGAUUCCACAUGACCAUUUAAAGCAUGAUUUUGUUUCUUUGUUUUUAAAUUCUUUCUUCGGUGAAGCAUUCAUGCAUGUACUUUACAGCACAUUCCUGAUUAAUUCCUGUUUUCUUCCAGAUUCGGGCGGCUCACACAGAGAUUCAGUCAAUAGCUUCAUAUUCUCUUUUAAAAACCAUUAUGGACUGGAACCAUUUAAGGUUCAUAUUAAGACGAGUGAUCAUGCCAUGUACGGCAAAAGCAGUUACGGCCCAACAUUUGGUGGUGGACACGACAUUUACAUCGCAAACUCUGCAGGCUACAACACGAAUUCCUACACCAACUUGGGUCACAGUUAUGUGCAGUUAGCCGGCUACCGGUACGGCUCGGGUGACGCGAGAAGUUUGUUGGCCGGAAGUUACAAUUUCCAGCCUCAUGAAGUUGAAGUGUUUUAUCAGACUUACAAAGGCUAA